UCCGCACGACUCUAUUUUCCAUGGCACCGUUUCACUUCCUGUCAAAACAGAGCACCGUCAGCCACCGAAGCUAAAUAACAUUCGCCGCGUUCGACCAAGCAGCGUGAAUGAGGUCAACAAACUGAUCACUAACAAUGAUUCCUUACACGGUCAACAUCAAACUCGCAGCCCGGACGUUGACUGGCACCCUCAAUUUGCAGAAUAAAGCCGCAGUAGAUUGGGGCUGGCAGGGGCUGAUAGCUCAGGGAUGUCACUCAAGCAUUCUCAUCAUUGAUCCAAAGACAGCACAGACCAUCCAAGUGUUGGAAAAGCACAGAGCCAAUGUGGUCAAGGUGAAGUGGUCGAGAGAAAAUUACUACCAUAACUUGAGCUCGCCCUACUGUUUGCGACUGGCCUCAGGAGAUGCCUCAGGGAAAAUCAUAGUGUGGGAUGUCGUUAGUGGCACUGCCCAUUGUGAGAUACAAGAGCACUCCAAACCCAUCCAGGAUUUGGAGUGGCUGUGGAAUCAGGAUGUGUCUCGUGAUCUGUUGUUAGCCAUACAUCCACCCAAUUACAUUGUUCUGUGGAAUGGAGACACAGGAACCAAGCUGUGGAAGAAGAGUUAUGCUGAGAAUAUCCUGUCCUUUUCUUUUGACCCAUUUGACCCCUUCAACAUGGCAUUGCUGACGAGUGAAGGAAUAGUCUUUAUUACAGACUUUUCUCACGCAAAACCACCAGGAAGUGCGGGGAAAAAAGUUUAUAUUGCCAGCCCCCAUGCAAGCCCCGCCCACACCAAACCUGCACCCACUGCUGCACCAGUUCCUACCGGUGCCAAGAAGGCUCUCAACAAGGUCAAAGUGCUAAUCACAAAUGAAAAGCCCACUACAGAGGCAGUGACGUUAAACGACUGUCUACAGCUGUCUUACCUGCCUUCCAAGAGGAACCACAUGUUGCUCCUUUAUCCCAGAGAGAUCCUCAUCCUGGACCUAGAGCUCAGCCAAACAGUGGGAGUUGUGGCCAUUGAACGUUCUGGAGUGCCCUUCAUCCAGGUGAUCUCCUGUGCCCAGAGAGAUGCUCUAUACUGCCUCCAUGAGAACGGAUGCAUCACCCUGCGAGUGUGCCGCUCCACUACAUCUCCAGAAGAUUCAUCAGGAGUAGCGGACCCAGAACAAAGUACCCAGGAGCUUGUAUAUGACCUCCGCUCUCAGUGCGAUGCUAUCCGUGUUACCAAGACUGUUCGACCAUAUCGAAUGGUUAUCUGCCCUGUCAACGAAAACAAUGUGGCUCUCAUGGUCAGUGACGGUAGAGUCAUGCUAUGGGAGCUCAAAGCCUACACAGGCAGAGCUGCUGUCAACCAAAGUUCAGGGCUGUCACCGCUAUACUCCCCAGUGUUCUUUUGUGGAGCACGUCUGGGCCCAUACCAGAAACAUAUUCAGAAUCUCUCUCUCAACAGCAUGAUAGGUCAGACCUUGAUAGCUGGUGAGGCCCCUCUGCCAUCAUCCAACCAGAAAGAAGUCCAGCUUAAAUUCUUGUUAACUGGCCUUGUCUCUGGUUUGCCGCUGCCACCAUUUGCCAUCCGCAUGUGUCCACCUCUUACCACCAAAAACAUCAACCACUACCAACCGAUGCUGGCUGUUGGCACCAGUAAUGGGUCUGUACUGGUCUACAACCUUACCAGUGGUCUUCUGCACAAGGAGCUCAGUGUCCACUCUUGUGAAGUCAGGGGUAUCGAGUGGGUGAGUCUCACCAGUUUCCUAUCUUUCGCCACAUCUUCUCCCAACAACAUGGGCCUGGUUCGAAACGAGCUGCAGCAUGUUGAUCUGCCAACGGGCCGGUGCUUUGCAUUCAGAGGAGAACGAGGUAAUGAUGAGCCACCCAUUGAGAUGAUUAAAGUGUCUCAUCUCAAGCAGUACCUGGUCGUGGUGUUCAGGGAGAAGCCCCUUGAGCUGUGGGACAUCAGGACAGGGACGCUCCUACGAGAGAUGGCUAAGAACUUCCCUACUGUUACAGCUCUGGAAUGGUCCCCUUCACACAACCUAAAAAGCCUAAAGAAGAAGCAGAUGGCAGCGAGAGAAGCAAUGGCUCGGCAGACUGUGUCAGAUGCGGAGCAAAAUAUUGUUGAGUCCUCAGUUAUCAGUCUGCUGCAGGAUGCAGAGAGCAAGUCUGAGAGCAGUCAGGCCAUAUCAGCCAGGGAGCAUUUUGUGUUCACUGACACUGACGGACAGGUCUACCACAUCACCGUAGAAGGCAACACUGUAAAAGAUGGUGCCCGAAUUCCCCCUGAUGGAAGUAUGGGUAGUAUUGCCUGCAUUGCCUGGAAAGGUGACACAUUGGUGCUUGGCGAUGUGGAUGGAAAUCUCAACUUCUGGGACCUUAAAGCACGUUUGUCCAGGGGAAUACCGACUCACCGCGCCUGGGUGAAGAAAAUUCGCUUUGCACCAGGAAAAGGCAACCAGAAACUGUUGGUUAUGUACACUGAUGGAGCUGAGGUCUGGGACACCAAAGAGGUUCAAAUGGUCAGCAGCAUGCGGAUUGGUCGCAAUAUUAACUACCGGGUCCUCGACAUUGACUGGUGCACUUCAGACAAAGUUGUGUUGGCUUCAGACGACGGCUGUGUUCGUGUGCUGGAGAUGGCCAUGAAGUCUGCUAGCUAUCGUAUGGACGAACAAGAUCUAACUGACUCAGUGUGGUGCCCUUAUUUGCUGCUACCACGAGCUGCCCUUACUCUCAAGGCUUUCCUCCUGCUGCAGCCCUGGUCAGGAACCUUCACAAUGGACAUCACACAAGUAGACUACAAUGAAAAAGAUGAGAUCAAGGGCCUAAUUCAGGAGCAACUAAAUUCAUUGUCAAAUGAUAUGAAGAGUGUGCUGCAGGACCCAGAGCUCAGCUUGCUGCAGCGCUGCCUGCUGGUCUCACGGCUGUUCGGGGACGAGUCUGACCUUCACUUUUGGACUGUGGCUUCACACUACCUCCAGUCAUUUGCCCAGGCUCGUCAGCUCAGUGUAGCUACAGCGGAGGGCCAGGUUCAAAGUGAUUUAGCCCUGCAGUCUCCUCAGAAUCAUCUAGACAUCUGCAAUGACGUGCUGUGUGAGAGCUCCUAUUUCCAGAAAUUCCAGUUGGAUCGUGUGCACCUGCAGGAGGUGAAGCGCUCCAGUUAUGAGCAUACCAAGAAAUGUGCUGACCAGCUUCUUCUGCUUGGCCAGACGGACCGCGCUGUUCAAUUAUUGUUGGAGACGAGUGCAGACAACCCCAGCUACUACUGUGAUUCACUCAAGGCGUGCUUGGUGACCACAAUCACCUCAUCUGGUCCUUCCCAGUCCACCAUCAAACUUGUGGCCACUAACAUGAUCGCCAAUGGCAAGCUAGCUGAGGGGGUGCAGCUGCUGUGUUUGAUUGACAAGGCUGCGGAUGCUUGCCGCUACCUGCAGACCUACGGGGAAUGGAAUCGUGCCGCCUGGCUGGCUAAGGUGCGUCUCAGCCCAGCAGAAAGUUCAGAUGUGCUGAAGCGAUGGGCAGAGCAUCUGUGCUCCCCUCAGGUCAAUCAGAAGUCUAAAGCCAUUCUGGUGCUGCUAUCCUUGGGCUGCUUUUACAAAGUAGGAGAGAUGCUGCACAGCAUGAGGCACUUCGACAGCGCCGCCCUCUUUAUCGAAGCCUGUCUGAAAUACGGGGUCAUGGAGGUCAACGACUCGUCUAAUAAACUCAUCGAGGCUGCGUUUUUGGAGUACGCACGGCUGCUGCGCUCACUUGGCCUGCGAGAAGGAGCGGCUCUCUGGGCAUCGCGGGCGGGCACAGCGGGGGAGCAGCUGAUGGAAGAGUUGUUCAAGGGGGACGGAGGAGGGCCAGAAGUCACACUUAAUGUUGAUGAAGCCAAACUGGCGACUGACGCAUGAGGAUGGAAGGAUUUCAUUCGGAAAAAAAAAACAUUUUUCGUGGAACUGUGAUCAUUUGCAUCAUUAGAAGACAAAAGAGUUUCCAUUUUGUCAUUUAUUGCUUGUUUCGGUCUACCCACAUCUGUGGCUGUGGCAGGAUAAACAUUUCGUAAUGUUUGUUUUUUGUAAUGGUGCAAACGUUGUUUGUGGGCAGCUGUGUUUGCAUGCUGCUGCCUUUAAAGAUUAUAUGUUAUUUUCCCCAAAAGGUAAAUUAAUGCACAUUAUUGUUCACAGUGACGUCUGACUAUAGAAUUUAGCUCAUUUAUUAUAGUGGUUAUUGCGUGUGUUAAUUACUGUAGCAAAAAUUGCUGUUCUGCUGCUGUGAUGAAACAUCUGAGUUAGUUGCACCCUCCAAUAUUUUCAUUUUGAGUAUGCACUCUCUUAAAGAAAGAUUACUCUCACUGUUAUCUCAUUCCACCGAAAUAUUGCACUUUCUAAUUGAACUUAAAUGAGAAUAAUAACUUGCAAUAGCUGAGAGUGUCAGUGUUGCUCUGCAAAACAAGACUUGAAUUUAAGCGACCAAACGUGCAUAUUUGAAACUUACAUGUACAGUCAAGCCUAAAAUUAUUCAUAGUCAGGUCAAAUUUUUGUUAGUUUUCAUUGCUGAAUUUGUUGAAUAACUAUCUUUUAGUUGAAAAUGCAUGCGACAAAAUGAAUACAUUUUCAGUAUUUUCUUACAUUCUGCCAGAAAGUUCCAUAUACAAAACUAGUUACAGGUAUUAUUCAUUAAUACAGGCAUAUCCAAUGUGUUGCAGGUAAGUUCAUAAAAAUGGUGUUUAAACAUUUUUCCACUUGCAUACAGGAACAUUUUAAAAUGCAGAUUUAUGUUAACAUGAAACCAAACAAAUUGUAUGUUAGAUAUACGUUUACAUUCAAUAUGUCAACAUAUUUCGGACAAGUCAUACUACUUUUUUGUAAUGUUCUACUGCAGGCUGGGUUUACUUUUACUUUUAGAUUAUCUUGCUGACAACAAAUUGCCCCUGAAACGGACUUUUUAUUUAAUUUUUUUUACCAUACAAGUUAUUUCUUCAAUGUGUCCUGGGCCUAUACAGAACAAGGCGUAUUCUGCAACUGGUCCACGGGCUGCACUGUGGACACCCCUGGUUUACGCCUUCAGGUUCUGUCCUCUUAGCUUUAUCGCUGGUCUGGGCUGCGCUGCACACUUCAAGUGUGCUGCACGCUUCCACACCUCGGCUUUCGCUGUGUUAGUAAUACACACUACACAACUUGUCGGGGUGCCCUGCAAAUCUGAAUCUCGCUCCCACUGCAAAUAGAGGAGCUGCUUGCAUUUGAUUCCUGACUUUCACUUUUAAAGCGUACUGCACUGUGGGAAAAUUCCGUACAACCCUUGUUUGCGUGCUGAAAAUUCUGAAUAUGAUCGUUCAGAUGUAAUCAAGAUCUGACUUAAAUAGGUCGAUGAGCAUGAACUAAAAAGAAUACAUUUACCGUACACCCGUUGUCUUAAGAAGAGGUCUGAAUACUGGUCCCUCAUGGCACGUCUUCUUAUUCUCUGGCUGGCCAAAGGCCUCAUUAAAAAAGUUGUUGUGCACAAAAAAGUUAGGCCUUUAGGCUUGAAAUGUUUGUUAGUAACUUUCUCUGCAAACGUUGGAAUUCAUAAAAAACUUGACCGCGGAAAAAGGUUUGUUUUCGUACGCAAUCUUCCGCAAAACUUUUCAGACACAUAAUCAGCGACGCCCAAACUAAAGGUCAUACUCUCAUAAAAAACACAUCACAUUUCACUAUGUUCAAGACUUCCUCAAAUUGUGGAUAUUUUGUGUAUUUGUUAAUGCCUACUAAUCCAAAUAUAGGGCUGUAUUCAUGUAGCUAUUUACAUGUAUCUGUACUGUGUUGGGUCAUUGAAGUGUUGUUUAUUUUACUAAUUUUGAAUUAAGUUGUGUAGCACUUUGUGAAUAGGUUCUGAGGUCUUUUACUUUGUGUGUCUCUACACUGUCAAUCAUUACUUUUUUGGGCUAAAGACCAAAAAAUACGGAUUGCAGCACUAUUUUGUUGGAUAAAUCAUGUUGAAAGAUUAUAAAAUGAUUACAUUCAUUAUUCCUUAAUUCAUUAAAACUUUAGGAGUUUAUGACAUGGUUGGAUCACACAAAGCAUAUUAUUACUCAUAUAGAUUCAUCGGAUAAAUAAUUGUACAAAAAUAUAUAUGUAUUGUGCUAAUGAUAUAUUGCAAUCAUCUUCUAUGUAUAUCAGUUUCCCAAAAGAGGUUUAAAUAUUGCUUAUGUUGACUAUUUGUGUCAUGCAACGCAAUGUCUGCUUUACUUGACAAAAUAAAGACAAAAACAAAAAAUA